CAAAGUGCAGUUUCUCUGAUUUAUCUUAUAAAAAGGAACAUCUCUCUUUGUCCAGUCAGUGCUUCUCUGUCUGCGCUUCAACCAGGAGAAGAACGAUGGCAGAUUGGAAGAAGAGUUGGAGGCUCCUGAUCAUCUUCAGCCUCCUCAGCCUCACUGAACUAUUCGAGGUGAGAGAUGAAGAGUGGAAGGAGCUCAGCCCGGAUAUCGCUGCACUACACCAGCUCAGAGGACUGUCUGAUCACAUGUUUCAUGAAAAUAUCAGGAACCCACCGAACCACAGGGACACAACCGUGCAUGUGGCCAGAGAUGAGUUGAAAUCUGUUAGCAGGGAGGACAUUGACCGAAACCCGAUGACUUUGCUCGCUGAUCUUGAGGAUGAGAAUUUCACAGCUUCUGUCAUUCAGAAGGAACAGGAUUUUGAAGGCUUCUUGGCAGCGAUUGAUAAACAGAAGACACAAGAUGUUCUCCUGAGUGCUUCGGAGAUCUCGCACAGCUACAGCCCAAAACUUCUGGUUAUGACUGACAAAGAAAAGUCAACAAAUGACAGAGUCCAACAGGAAUACAGCAUGGAUCCUCGUUACUCAGUAAUAGUCAGCAAUGAAUGCCUGUUCAAUGUCUCGUGUGUACCAGAAGCAGACAGCUACACCUUGGUGAAAAUAUUUGGGAGUGUUUCAGAAGAUGGACAAACUGUGUCUGGCCUUUCUGGCUCUUCACUCGCAGAGCUGAUGUUGAAACCGUCACUGGAAACUGCGCCCGUGUUCUCUCUCGAUGGAAACACAACCAAAGACUUCCAACAUAACUUCAUUCGAGUUUUUACGGCCCGUGGCAUCACAGCAGUCCUAGAAACAAACCAGGAGAAUCAUCAGACUUACCAGGUCAUGAACCAACUUGGAGAAGUUUCCAGAUACCAAAUUCCACAAAGACCGGUUGAUCACAGCAUCCAGUACGGCCACCAGCAGAUCCUCAUCCUGGAAGAUGACCCUGUUGUCAGAACAGCUGCUACGUAUCUUUUUGAGAAGCAUCCAACGGUUUCCUCUGUCUACGUUCUUGAUAACAACCAAAGACCAGUACUGAUCCGAGGUGACUCCGUGCUUCUGACAGAGGAGAGCCGGCUGGUGCUGGUCGGCCACGGCAGGAAAGACAACUCGGGAGAAAUGAGACUGGGAGGAUAUGAAGUGCAAGAUGUCUCCAAAAUCAUUCAACAAACCUCCAGGCGUUCCAAUAAAAUUAAAACAAUAAGUGUGGUGGCCUGUGACGUCGGAUCAGAUAAAGCAUUCAUUGAAACACUGCUGAAGGAUCUCCAUGAGACCGCCGGCAUCAAGACAGAGCUGCACAUCAGGGACGCUGUGAUCCAGGUCAGCCACACAGGAGAGAAAAUCACCCAAAAGGAUGGAGAGCAAUGGCGACAUGAAGAUGACAGCAAGAAAGUGGUCGCAACCCUCGAUAGGAACGGAGAUGUAAUUAUUAGAAAUGAACCCGGCAGUAAAGGAAAGGAAAUCUUUACCGCUGAAAGAAACUUUCUAGGUAAAACAAAAAAACGUUUCCUGGUCUACAGAGACAGCUGGCCAGAUGAGCCAAAAAGAUUUAUUAACCAGAAUGUUUAUGAUAACUUGAAUGCUAAUGAACGUAAUGCUUGUAAUCAACUUGAAGCUCUAUCCUGGGGAUUGUUUCAUGACGAAAACAUACCCCGUCCAGAAAAAAUGAAGAUUAAAAACUUGGAUCUAAAAGAGUAUUAUUUAUCCCCCAAAAAAAAAGUAAAAAAUGAACAAACAGGAUGGUAUGAGCUUACAGGGGAGGUAGAGACGAUAAAUAAUAAACAAAAAGUAAAAGAUAUUCUUUCCAACUGUUAUGAGAUUAAAUCAGGAGAAGAUAUCAGGAAUGUAAUCCGUCACUAUGCAAAGGACGGAGAAGAUGAGGUUACAUACCUGAAGGUCAAUGACUGGAUAUUAGAGGUUAAUCCUAUAAGUCUGUAUGUUUAUCUAAUCGGAAAAAAGCUUGACAACAAUGAAAGAGGAAAUGAACAAAAAGUUAAGAAAUGUAUUGAAGAUCAGAUAGGAAAAGAAAGAUACUCUGACAUACGAAAAGGAAUUAAAGCAGAAAUGGGCCAAAAUGACCCUAAAGAAGGAUACGCUCAAUAUGUGGAAGGUAUUUUUCGUGGAGAGCCCACAACACCUCGCCUGCCGCUCCCAGCUGAGGCCUGGUGCACCACAUAUUUCACUGCAUCAGUUAUAUCUGAAUCUGCUAGAAACUUCCGGACAUUUCCUCUGAUUCUCAUGGCCCUGGAUAUGGUCCAAAGCACAGACAACAAUAUCAAAGCGAAUGGACUGAACUUUCUUUGGGAAGAACAUUCAAUGGCAAGAGGACGUUCUUGGAUUGACCCAAGCAGGCGUGAAUUUAGUGGCUCAGCCGACUAUGAACGUUCCAGCAAAUUACAAAACCCAAAUCCUUCGACUAGUGAGGAAUUAAGGAAUGAUCUUAAAAAGCUUAUAACAAGUGAAAUCCAACUGUAUGAUAAGUGGAUUGGAAAAAAAGAUCCAUCUCAGAUAUUCAAUAUCGCUAAGAAAUACGAGAUAACUGAACCAAAUGCAGUUCAGGAUUACGAAACGUUCAUAAAUACAGUAGGUGAGAGCGACUCUACAGCAUCCGGAGCAUUAGGAGGCUACAACGACGGCCACGUAACAUCCCAAGACUUGAAAUCUGCCUCUGAGUUGGAAAAGUCCUUCAAACUUGAAUCGUAUUACUCCAGGCGGAGCGUUUUAACCGCUGAACAAGUCUACAGUCAGUUAAAGGCAAAAUAUGGUGAAAGUCUGGCAGGGUUGCAGGUCCAGGAGGGCAGCGCCAGAAUGGAGAACGGAGAGUUUGUGUGUAAUCUGUUAAACGGUACUGACGCUAAAUCUGUUGAGUUUAGAGCUGAAUUAUCUCCGGAGAGUCAACACUACUCUAAAGCAAUGUCAGAGAGCAUUGAAACAGCAGUUCAUGACAUGGAAAAUCAUGGUUCCUCCCAUCAAGGCAGCAAGUACGUAGAGCACGCUGGGCAUGCUGUUGGGACGCUGGGACUCAUGCUGGGGAUGAAAGGAGCUGUUCGUGCUUUUGAACAGGGUGACUUUAAAGAUGGCGUGGUGGGGUCUCUGCAGACGGCUCAUGGAGUGACAGCUAUGACAUCGUCUAUUAUUGCAAAACAAGCUCUGUCCUCAGAGGCCAGAAUGGCCAAAGCUGUAACAUCGGUCAUGAAAAGACCUGCAAAGAAGGGUUUUACGUCAGUUAUACCAAUAGUGGGAAUUGGAUUUGGGAUAUACAAUGAUAAACAAGAUUUUAAGAGAGGUGACACGCUGGGAUAUAUCGAUGCUUCCUUAGAUGGUAGUAUAGUUGGUUUAGAUGUUAUUGAAACUGCUCAGCCUGAACUGGUCCCGUUGAUAAUGCCUAUAAACCUGGCUUUAUCCGUAGUCCGGAUGGGCAUUGAUGAAAUUUAUAUGGGCGUACAGAAUGAACUAAACAACCUCCCGAAAGAUGCUGGACUUCUGGAGAAACUGGGGGCCGUUUCUUUAGGCUUUCUGAAUGAGAUUUGGGAUUUUGACAUUAGGGCGGCGAGUUUCUUUUAUGAUUGGCGUUACGAUGAAAUUGAGCAGGGACACAUACUUGUUGCACAGAUAUCAGACUAUCACAAAUAUUACAAAGUUACAAAGCAACAGGAUGGAACGAGUGCCAUUGAUUUUAGCGGUGGCGACUCUUCUGGGAACGGAGGAGGAAUUCACUUCUGCCUCACCGACCAGGGUCCGUCUGAACUCUGCAUGGACUAUUUUGUGUCUAGUAAUGAGAGUUUUGGGAAAAGGUGUUGGCAGAUUGAUACACAGGGAAGCAAAGAUAUUAUUCUUGGCCUGGGAGAGUCACAGCAGUUAGAGUACACAACACUACAUAAGAAAAUACUCUGGUUCAUACCAGCCGGCUCUGUGACGGUGGUUUCAGGUGUUAAAGCUGUAUCAGAGUCAAGGUUUGGGGAAUACAAAGGACAUAGAGAUUCUAAUCAUUUUUUUGCAAUUCAGAAAGCAGAGGAUGAACAUGUGAUUGAAGUCAUGUUAAGUUACUAUUACAGGCUUUAUGGUGAACCAGGUGAUGACAUAUUCUUCCUCGGUCCACAGAGAAGUUAUGUUGAAGGAUGCGGAGGAAAAGACACGUACAUUAUUCCUAAAAAUGGAGGGAAAACAACCAUUAACAACUACGAUCCUUCCAAAGCACUAGACACUCUUCAUUUCAGUGUUAAUUACAGUCACAUUUCUGUGUCUAAAUCUGGAAAUGAUGUUGUGUUAAUGUAUGAGGGAAGUCACACUGUGACCAUAGAAGGAUGGUUUUUAGGGGAACCGUAUCGUCACAUGAACAUGUUGUCUGGAGACGGAGUCUUGUUUGAGAUUUCCUCAGUCGUGGUUUCUUCUGUUCAGCUGGUGGCUGUAGGGGUUAACAAGAUGUUUAGUUCUAGAAGUGAAAAUGUGAAUGCAUCCGAGCCACUUUUAAGCAAAGUUACAAACGUCUUUGGGUCUCAGUAUGACGAUGUGAUUGUUGGAAAUGGAGAGAAUAAUAUCAUAGAUGGAGGAGGAGGUCAUGAUCAGUUAAUGGGCGGUGAAGGAGAAGACAUGUACAUAGUGAAAGUCAGAAAACAGUCGUCAGUGUUGAUUGAAAAUACCUCCAAAGACACUAAAACAGACCUGGCCAUAAUAGAAGCAAAGCUUCACACUUUUAGAGUGGAAGUAUUGUAUGACAGUAUUGUUCUGACAGCUCCCCACAACAACACGCCCAUCAGGGUGACUUUAGGGAAUUGGUUCAGAUCAGCAGCAGACAGACAUUUGCUUGUUGUCACAAAAGAUUUGAUCACUUUCACAAUCUCAGAUAACAAGGCCGACUGCCUGGACAGGAGAAACCUGUUCACCAAGUGUAUUAAAAGUAGCAGCAUCGACUACAGCAGCUCACCAUCUCCUCUGCUGGUGGACCUACAGGAGGACGAGGCUUUUAGCAGCUUGACGGAGGUUCGCGGGUCAAAGUUCAACGAUGUCAUCAGAGGGAACAAAGAACACAAUGUUAUUGUCCCAGGAGGAGGAGAUGAUUUCAUCCAGGGUAGAGGAGGAGAGGACUGGUACGUUAUCACGCCGGGCCAAGGAGUAAAAACCAUCAACAAUCAAUCUCCAGAUCUAGCCUUGGAUAUUCUCUUUCUGAAAGAAGAAUACGAGAACAUAAAGUGUUCUUGUGAAGGGCAGAGCAUCAUCAUGUUGGUACAUGGUAGAAAAGAUGUUAUUUUACAGAACUGGUUUGAUUCAAAGUUUCAUCAGCACCUGCAGAUUAAAACCAGUGAUGGAAUAACAGCUGGACUGAUGACCAACCGCAGCAGCUGUGAUGACUCGUUAAUGUUCCCUGUAACUGUUGAUUAUAGAAACCAGAAACCCAAGUGUGUCAGCCGUUUCCGAGUCUUCUAUGGCCUUCAAUGCACAAUGAUGAAUAUGAUUAAUCAUGAUUCAGUUAAAGAAAUGUACGGUUCCUCAGGUUUCGACAUCAUGGUUGGAAACAGUAAUGAGAAUCUGCUUGAUCCGUACACCGGAGGGGCACUGAUGGUUGGAGGUGAAGGAAAAGACACUUACAUAAUCAAACAAGGAUAUGGAAACUCAAUGAUCGACAACUUUGCAGAAGAUCAGAGUAUUGAUACUGUGUCGGUUGACAUGGAUUAUCUUCAUUGCAGUCAAGUCACACUGGACUCAUCAACAGACGAUCUGAAGGUGACAAUCACAUCAAAAGGGGAACAACUAAAAUUCACUCUGCUCAACUACGCCAAAAGUUCCAAAUAUCAGCACUUAGUAUUUCAAAGCUCUGACGGAGUGAAUUUUAAAUUGAAAUCACUAAACUCAACUGGUGAUGUACCAUUCUUUCAAAUUGAAGCUUUCAAAGUGACUCUGAAACAGCUACAGGUUGACUGCCGCUUGGAUCUCAACUCUCAGAGGAAUCUGUCAAAGGUCCACACGGUGCAAGGCUGUCCCUCCCAGUCCAAUGACAUACUAGGUAACGAUCAAGACAACGCUCUGAUUGGUGGGUGGAAGGAUGACACCUUGGAAGGAGGCGCCGGAGAUGACACGCUGAUCGGAGGGAACGGAGACGACAUCCUGAUUGGUGGCUUGGGAGAUGACACUCUUUAUGGCGAGGACGGAAAUGACACUAUGAUGGGAGACUCUGGCCGGGACGUCUUCCUUCCCGGACCAGGGGCCGGUGUGGUGGACGAGGGUACCUGGAGAACACGGUUGUGA